AUGACGCUGGCAUCGGCGGCGCACAAGAUCCCGCUGGAGGUUGCGCACACCCUCGUCGAAAUCGCCGAGGUCGCACGCUACGCCUACCACCACCGCCCCGGCCACCCUGUAGCCCACGACGAGGACCCGACUGCGCCGCCCGCGGGGGCUGAUGGCGGCGGGGCCGCCAGCGAGGAGGCCGCGCGGCUGCGGGAGGAGAACGCCAUGCUCCGCGCCCGACUCGCAGAUGACCUCGCGCUCCUGCGCGAGCUCCACGGCGCGCCCUGCGUCUCCAAGGAGUGCCCUCCUGAUCUGUACAACCGACUGAUGGCGGCGGUCAACAAUGCUAGCUUCCUUGCUCAUCUCGAGAAAUUACAGGAUGAGUCAGCACGUGAACAUAAUGAACUAUCUUCUGGCAACAUGACAGAGGUGGAAGUUGCAGACAUUCCAGAUAAAAUGGCUAAUGGGAAGAAAGGAUCAUGGGUCUUGGUUGCUUGUGAUACUGCUGGGGCUAAUUUGGAGGAAAUUAGUGGGAUUGAUGAUGAAAAUUAUGUUAUAAUCAAUGAAGAUGACAUAGUCGAUGGUAUUGCCACCUUUGUUGCUAGGUGCAUUCUUGAAGAUCCAAAAUCCAAGUCGUUAUCGUCAGUGCAGCUCCAAAAGGCUGUUGCAAAGGCAUUAGAUAGCAUGAAAGCUCGAUGGAGAUGGUCAACCUUUUGGGAGGCUGGACAGAUUAUUUAUAUCUUGGCCACUUGGGGAAUCACAUUAGCAGGGUUGUACAAGAGCCGUCAUGUCCUGAAGGUGGCAGCAAAGGGUGCUGCUGCAUCUGCCAGAUUUGUUAUGAAGGCCAUGUGA